GAACUCCCGUUGAUCGUCACGCGCACCGGAGUACCGCCAAGCAGGUACACCUCGUGGGCCGCACACAUACCGCGCCCCGUGCAGUGUGUCCCGUCAUGCGCUUAGCCGUUUGUCGUCGGGUGCCGUACACGUUCUAGUGCCGUAUGACGCGAGUGGUGUACGUUCAACAGGUGCACUUGGUUUUUUGGAUUAUUUAUAUUUUGUUUUCGCAUAGAAAUUUUUAUCGUUAAAAAAUCGCCUCUCCUGUAUUAUAAACGUGUGGUACACGGUCAGAGGGUGUGCCGAAAACCGAAGCGAAAUAUGUGCCUAUAAUAUUUUUACUCGUACGAAAUCACCAUGGAAAGACAAAAUUCUAUUCAGUCCUCGGACAUGGCUUCUUUGGAUUGCUGGGAUUAUACUAUUGAGUUGGAAUGCCUUCGUGGUCCUCAAGAUUUGCAGCUGGCUGCAGAGUUGGGCAAAACUCUUCUGGAAAGAAACAAAGAAUUAGAGACCAACUUGAGACAACAGCAAAAUAUUGUCGACGAUCGCAACCAAGAGAUAGAGUACCUAACCAAACAGACAACCGCUUUAAGGGAAGUGAACGAUUCUAGAUUGCGAAUUUAUGAGCAGCUAGAGAUCAGUAUUCAGGACCUCGAGCGAAAUAACCAGAGGCUAGUCCAGGAAAACUUAAACGACAAAAAACAUAUUAAAAGUUUAUAUGAGACAAUCGAAGGUUUGGAAAGCCGAUGUGAAGAGUUGCAGCACCUCGUCAAUGACAUGGGCAAUGCGAAAAAAGAAGACUGCAGUUCGGCCAACGAUGGCUGCUCCGUUCCAAAUGCCAUAGCGAACCAUGACGAUUAUACCAAGUUAGCAUCGCAACUUGAGCAUGUCAAAAUGCAAAGGGCCAAAGAACAGCGCAAAGUGACUGAACUUGAACAAAAUAUGUCUUUACUCUUACAAGAAAAUACGAAUUUGGAAGAGAAGGUUAGUGUGAUGCAACAGAAAGACGAAGAACUUAAAGUCCUUCAAGAUCAAAUUGUUUAUCUCGAAGAGAUCAGACAAGGUAAUUUGUGUAGACGUUGUCAACGUAGUGCCGACGCCAAUAUGUUGGAUGAAUAUUCGGUAUAUAAUGAUGACGACGACAUAGACAAUAUUAGUGCAAUCGGAUCAUACGUAGAAACUCAUAAAGACGAAGUGUUACAACAAUUACAAGAAACGCUCGGGGAAAACUAUUCGGCUGAUAAUCCGUACAGAAUUUUGGUGGACAAGUAUGAGGCUCUGCUGAAGAUUCAACAGAAACAAAAUGCUUUCAACAACAGUGGCUGUAAGGACCAAGGAGUUUCACUUCACAAAGAAUUGCAGAUAUCCGCUCAAUUCUCGUCGUUCAACGGAGAUGCGACGGACAGCGAAGACGAGGCCGCUGAUACGCCAGCCGCUGGCAAACAGCACGUCUUUUCUGAAACAGAAACGUCAUCGUCAGGAUUCUCGGAUGAAACAAGCAACAAAGGCACGCAAACCGAGACUUUCUUCACCGGUUCGUUCUUAUGUACCAUAUCGGACGGAGACGAUUGCAGAUUCAGCAUUUACGACAAUGCCAGUCCAAUCGAGAGCCGUUUCCGAAAGACUCCCGAGUACAGACAACUUUUCCGCGAGAUAUUUGCUGUCCUGAAACGCGCAGCCGAGGCUAAGGAUGAAGGCGAGAUGUUGCCUUUGUUGUACGACGACGUCUCGGCAUUGUCUCCCGGCAUUCACGAAGAAACAAACGACAUUGAUAGAAUCGUUGUACCAAAAGUACCACCAGCAACACCAGCUUGUGAAAACAACCCGUUAGUGUCAUCCAUUGAAGCUGUUACCCUGUCUGAGCACCGAUCUCGGGAACCGUCACAGAAAAAAAAGCAAAAGCAGCAACAGCAGCCAGCAGUCGCUCGGGAAAGGCGGCAUAAACGCCAUCAACAAUUACAUUUGUUACAAGAACGGCGAGAACCUUCGGAAACCAGAUCGGAGACCGCAAUAGAAGAACCGCGUUGUAGACGUGAUAUCAUCGAAGAACUGUCGGCAGUAAAACAAAAGAAACAACGUAAUCAUCACCGACGAUCAGGGGGAUCCAGACAACAGCACUCAAAGGACAUUAGUCAUCUUUUGGAAUUCAGAUGGACCGAUCACGUGACCCGGCGACAAAGGCGUACCGGCAGCGGAGAAAAGCCUUUAGAAAACCGUGCCACAUGGUGUGUACCAAAGGAUGACUCAGCUACCCAACAGGGAUCGCCCAAAUUGGAAACGACAUACGCCAGCACCGCUUCACAAGAGGUGGCCAAACUGAAACUUCUAGAUAAAUCGUACGCCGAAGUGUUGAGACUGGAUAGGAAAAAACUUAGCAGACCACAUUCACAGAACUUCCAUAAAAUGUGAUUUGAUUGAUAAUAAGCAUAAUAAUAAUAUUUAUAUAUUGGUAAUGAUACUAUAAGUUAGUUACUAAAUGUUGUUAUAAUUUUUUUUAAUUCCUACGGAAAA